AUGAAGGAGUACGACGAUGCUAAAGAGGGAACGUUUGAGAUUGAUGCCGAGUCUGACUGGACCAAACAUCUGAGUGACGACCUCAUCUUCAAGUCUAGCGGCCCUCAGCGCCGGUUUGAUGAUGAACUUGGCGGCUUUACUCUAACACCUGUCAUUCUCAAGGAGAGGAUUUAUGACCAUAGCAGUCUAAACGACCCAGAGCUUUACGACGGCUUCUCCGGGUACGGAUUGUCCACGAGUAGCUCUCGGUCGUUUCUCGGAAAGCCACGGAAAGACCGAGGUGAUCAGGGCCGCAUCGGACUUAUCUUAGUGCUACUGAUUGGGGCCCUGCUCAUCUCAUUCGGCGUCGGCCUCCUCGUCCAUUACUGGCUAAUGAUGCAAGAAGACCAUCCAAUCCAAGCUGAAGCAUACUCUGCCAAAUUGACCGUCCCAGUUCUCAACCAUACCUAUUCACGGAAGCUCCAGGACAUUACCUCGCCCGAGUUCCGGGCGAUCGCUCUGCCGUUUUGUGAUGAGCUCGACAAAUACUUUGAGAACAGCGGCCUCUCUGUCGAUUACCAUGGCUGUACAGUGAGGUCGAUAAGCGUAAGCAACACGGCUCUGAACCUGGAAAUCGACCUUACCUUAGCCGACGCAACACAGCGGACACGAAUACUCGAAAUUCUAAGGUCACAGGCCACCAAGAUGGAGUAUUCUGGACUACGUCUUACUUUUAUAAACAAUUUCCUGGUGGAAGUAUCUAAGUUUGAUGGAGACGAGUGUGCGUCCGACCCCUGUUUUAAUGGUGGUUCAUGUACUGAUGAACAGCGUUCCUUUAGCUGUAUCUGUACGGGCGGUUGGACUGGACCUACGUGUCUAAUAGAUGUAAAUGAAUGUGAAUUGAAUUCAUGUCAGAAUGGGGGAACCUGUGGCAACAAUGAUGGCGGAUUCACGUGUACAUGUCCAGACGGCUGGGUGGGGAAUACCUGUGCUGAAGAUAUUGACGAGUGUCAGAGGACACCUUGUAUGAACGGAGCAACUUGUGUGGAUACUCCAGGGAAGUACACGUGCCAAUGCCCACAAAAUUACACCGGACCCGACUGUGGUAAUGAUUUUGUCGUUGCAUUUCAAUACACCUCGACAGUUCUGAAUAGAACAUUUAGCGACACUCUGAGGGAUAACAAAUCAUUCGACUUCAAAAAACUUGCCAACCCUUUCAUUUUUCAAGCGACUGUGUCUAUUUUGGAGAAUCCUCGACAAUUCCCCAGCUUUAAAGAAAUAACCGUGACGUCUUUCAGAGACAGUCCCUUUUCUGUUGAUUGGGACAUACACUUCUACGGAAAUGUUUCCUACCCAAUCCGACAGGAGGCGUUGAAUAACAUCAUGACAGGAAGUUCUCCAAUUGUGUUUGAAAACACGAUUUGCACACGCAUUGGCGACCUGUUAGUUUUUCUCGAUAAUUACACCGCCACAGAAGUGAGGCUUGAACUACGAGUGCUCAAUCUGACGGCGGACGUAUCCGACACCACUUCCAUUGAGUUUAAGUGGUACGCACAGGCAGUCUGUCAAGAUAUAAUGGAACUGAUGAGAAGGAAUUUGACUGCAUUUCCCGAGUACAGAAAAUGUGAACUUAUCACUAUUGUAAAUGACCCGGUUAAGCUCCUCAUAAACCUGACGUUUGAAGGCAAUUUUCCUGUAGAGGAACUCCAAAGGAACGUGCAACAGUACAUUGUCGCGUCAUCACAAUUACAGGAGUACCAGUACUCCACUGUAUAUACUCUAGGAACACUUCUAAUCCAUUAUCAGGAUGUGACGUCACAAGUCAAUAUGAUAUUCGAAGUUAUGAAUAUGACCUGGUCCGCUGAUCUUCUUGAUGCUACGUCACCAGUGUUUAAACAUCAUAUUGAACUGUUUAGUGCCGAUGUGACGAGAUUACUAGGAUCCACUACACGGUCGUAUCCUUUCAAACAGGUGGAUACUAUAAUGUUUCGCAAUGACCCGGUCACGAUCACGAGUGUACUCAUUUUCAAAGGCAACCAUUCCGAGGGGGCGCUUAUGGCAAACACGUCAGAAAUCAUCUUUCAAAAUACUCCUCAGUAUUCAUAUAAUGGAAAGAUAGUGAAUCUCAUUGGAGAUUUACUUGUAUACUUUUCGGAAUGGGACAGCGUUCUUCAUGACGCCUGGCUAGCAAACAUGACGUUGUCAAUCCAUGAUUUCCUGUACGAGCCUGAUCUAGUUGACCCAUUGUCUCAAAAGUUUGAGGAAUUCCAGAAUGUGUUUUGUAAUGACAUUGACGCCUUUAUGACAAACAGCGGUUUUGCUGACCGAUAUUAUCGUUGUUUAAUCGACAAUAUUGCGAAUACGAAACCGGCGACUCUGUCCUUUAAGCUAAUAUUUAAUGGAACAGAAGGAAUUCCUGACGAAACGCUGAGGUCAACUCUGAACACCAGCGCUCAGCACAUCACGGUCGCUGGACAGGACACUCUUUACAUUGGAAGCAACGUUUUCUCGUUUGGAGAUGUCCAGAACAUUGCAGUAAACAUCUCAGACUAUCUCACUACGACCAUCCCAUCCACAACUGUCAUGUCUGUAAAUAUCCUAUUAAACGUCACAUUCACCGUGCUGAACUUGAACUACACAAGAGAUCUUGCUGACCCGUCCUCGACCGCCUUCUUGAAUAUAGAAACACCUUUCUGUCAUUUUUUUGACAAGUUAUGUGAGAACAGAUAUCCAGAUCAGAAGUAUGAUGGAUGUAGAAUAAACUAUUUCACAACGAAUCCAGAUAGGGUAAAUUUUGACCUAUCAUUUAAUGGGGUACCUGACCCGGUAAUAAGGAACAACACCUUCAUGGCGCUGAUUGAAAACGCACCCCGACGGGACCUCAACAAGCAAAUCGCGAUUAUGGUCGGACCCUUAGCAAUAUUUGAACAGACGUUGAUCACGGGAGGCUGAUGGAGUUUAGGAUUAGAGUGACGUGAUGCACAACUCUCGAGCAGUAUCGUCCUUUUUCUGAGACACUGUCUUGUGUUUUGUUGGAGAUGACGGCAUGAUCUUUGGACUAGAAAACAUGGAUUAUGCUUAGGUUAUUGUUACAUUUGAUGGUACGGAUGUUUCUUUUGUGGUGACAUUCAAAGUUGACGGCGAUAUCAUGGUCGGGAUGUAGUCCGUGUUGAUACUGCGAGAUACAGGUACCUAGCGGACCGUACAUAUCUUUGUUGUUAUGGAUAAGUGAUACGCUACCAUCAGUUUAUCUUUUGGAAUGUUCCUUACGUUAGUCCACCGAUCAAUGUAAAUUGUCGACGUAUAUCAAUAUCUCCCACAUAUAUACAUGUCAAAGUGUUUUAUGGCAGUCUGAUGAUGCAGUAGCUGAUUAUGUAUAUAUAACGAAACUUGAUGAAGCGGUUGUGAUAUUCUGAGUGACAUUUCUCGUGAUCUACUUGAUCCUUUAUGGAGAAUCACCACUGUCAUGUUGACAUUUCUCGUGCUCUGCUUGAUCCUUUAUGUAGAAUCACCACUGUCAUGUUGAACUCCUAUCGCGAGAAGCGUGGGUGAGAAGUUGUAUUUCUGCGCGGGAUGCUUGAUAUAGCAGUUUAGUUAUUUAAGAGGACAUACUUUGAUGUUAACCGAGAAUGAAUAGCUUUCUGACAAUUUCGGGACAUUCAAACUCCAUAUUUAUUUAAUAUAAUUUAUAGAACAUGUUUAUUUGUCGAAUCAGGUUUAGUGACCCAUAUUCUAUAUUAUCACAUUUGGGUUUCAAUAGUGUACAUCUAAGUACACUUAUGCAUAUAUUUGAACUCGGAAGUAGACACAAAGAAUUGAUUGUAACUUUAAUUAUGCCCUGAUCAUUUCUCUCGGGACUUUUUUUUGAUUAUUUUUAUGUUUAGUAUCUUUAUCGAUUUAAUGUGAAUUAAGUGCUUGUGAAUGCGUCUUACGUUUAAAUAUCCUAGUGCUACUGACUUGGUAGAAUGUUUGAAUAUGUGCUUUGUUUACAGUGUGACGGGUGAUUUGUGUUGCGGUCAUAUUUUGGCUGAUAAGCAUAUAAGAAUAAGACUGAGCAUUUCUACUAAAGAAGUGCUUCAAACCAUUCAGAGGAGAAACCACGAAAUCAUCAAAGCGCGUUUCUUACAAUUGCACAUAAAGCAAUGAGCGAAAUCAAACUUGUAUCUGUUAUCUCCUACCACCAGGUAACAAUAGUGGAGGCGGUAGUUUUAAAACAAUUGCAUAUAUAAUUGAUUAAAUGUAGGAAACAUUAGAACAAGAUAUGUUUAUAUUUUUCAUGUUGUUGGCAGUGGAAA